AUGUUAGACGUCAAAGCUUCCCGCUUCUAUACUACGCCGCUCACCACGCCGCCUUCCAAGCUGGACGCCACGCCGACACAGCGCCGCUACCAUUACCUCGACUACCGUCCUCCUGCCGGCGUUCCAGAGAUUGCCACCGUGCUGCUUCUGCAUGGUUUUCCUGACACCUCUUCCGGCUGGCGCAGCGUCAUCGCUCCGCUGAAGCUCGCUGGUUAUCGACUGAUCAUCCCUGACCUUCUCGGAUACGGUCUCACCUCCGCACCACCCACCUCAACUGCCUCUGCCCCUGCUGGGACCCAGCCACGCCUCGCAGAAUACGGUGGCAGGGCCAUCUCGAUCGAUCUCGAUGGUCUUUUGGAUCACGCUCAAGCUGCCAAGGGCUCCGAGUAUGGUGCCGAGAAACUGACGUCCGAUGGCAAGAAGGGCCGCGUCAUUGUGCUCUGCCAUGACUGGGGAUCUUGGCUCGGCUGGAGAUUUGCCCAGUGGUACCCCGACCGAGUCAUGGGCGUCUGUGGCCUCUGCGUUCCAUUCCAGGCCCCGACGUCAAAGGUGAUCCCCAUCGACUCGGUCAUCAAGAACGUCCCCUCGUUUGGCUACCAAAAGUUCUUUUCCGAAGAGAGGAGCACCAAGAUUAUCGAACAGCACCUCGACCGCUUCCUCGCCAUCAUCUACAUGAUCCCUGGCCUCUUCUCGGCUGACUCUGCCAACGAGGAGGAGAUCCGAGACUGGCAUUUGCUCGGCAAGCUGGAGAGGCUGCUCACGAUGCCCGAGUUUGGCGACAUCCCACUCAAGUACCUCGGACGAAGCAUUCUCGACAAGGAACAGCUCGAGGAGUACAUCACCAUGUUCCGCAGCCGCGGUAUGGAGGGUCCGCUCAGCUGGUACAGGACUCGCGAGAUCAACUGGCAAGAAGAUCGCGAGUUGGCGUCCAAGACGCUGCCGGCGUCUUUGCCAGCAUUGCUCAUCUCGCCAAAAGACGACGUCGCCGUGCCCCCUGCGUUGGGAAGGACGAUGAAGAAGCACGUGCCCCAGGUAGAGAUCAUCGAAGUCGCCGGCAGCGGGCACUGGGUGCAGAACGAGACGCCUGGGAUCGUCAUCUCAGAGUUCAAGCAGUGGGUGGAGCGAAGCGUUUUGCCCAACGAGAAGAAGGGCGGAGUGAUCGGCUGGAUCAAGAGUAAGCUUUGA